CUCCGUGUGGAUCCGCGGGGGCUUCUCCGGCCCUGGCCGGGAUGUACCUGGCAACGCUGUCGGCGGGGCGGAGGCGCCGGGGCAGCGGCGGCGACUGGCACCUGGCGGCGGGGCGGCUCCUGUUCCUGGCGCUGCUGCUCUUGGGGGAGUCCGGGACGCGGGCGUUCGUCUGCCUGCCGUGCGACGAGUCCAGGUGCGAGGAGCCCAAGAACUGCCCCGGCGGCGUCGUCCUGGACAUCUGCGGCUGCUGCUUCAUGUGUGCCCGGCAACGCAACGAGAGUUGUGGGGGCUUCUUUGGGCUCCACGGAGCCUGCGACAAGGGGCUGCGCUGCGUGAUCCGACCCCCGCUCAACGGAGACUCCCUCACCGAAUACGAAGCGGGCGUCUGUGAAGAUGAAAACUGGGAUGAUCAGCUACUUGGAUUUGAGCCUUGCAAUGAAAACCUGAUAACAGGCUGCAAUAUAAUCAAUGGAAAAUGCGAAUGUGAUACUAUUAGGACCUGUAGUAAUCCCUUUGAGUUUCCAAGCCGGGAUACUUGUCUAUCAGCUUUAAAAAAGAUUGAAGAAGAAAAGCCUGACUGUUCCAAGGCCCGUUGUGAAGUACAGUUUUCUCCUCGCUGUCCAGAAGAUUCCAUUUUGAUUGAAGGCUAUGCUCCACCUGGUGAAUGCUGUCCUCUCCCAAGCCGCUGUGUGUGCAAUCCUACGGGGUGUUUGAGGAAAGUUUGCCAGCCUGGCUAUUUGAAUAUAUUGGUUUCUAAAGCAUCAGGCAAACCAGGGGAAUGCUGUGACUUUUAUGAAUGUAAACCAGUUUUCAGCGUAGACUGCAGUACAGUAGAGUGUCCUCCUGUCCAGCAAGUUGUUUGCCCCUUGGAUAGCUAUGAAACCCAAGUCAGGCUGACAGCUGAUGGAUGUUGUACUCUUCCUACAAGGUGCGAGUGUCUUUCUGGUUUAUGUGGUAUUCCAAAAUGUGAGGCAGGCUACAUCCCCCAAAUAGUGUCACGUGGAGACGGAACGCCUGGCAAGUGCUGUGAUGUUUUUGAAUGCGUCAGUGAAGUGAAGCCAGCCUGUAUAUAUAAUAGUGUGGAAUAUUAUGAUGGAGAUAUGUUUCGAAUGGAUGCUUGCCGUUUUUGUCGGUGUCAAGGUGGCGUCUCUAUUUGUUUCUCCGCACAGUGUGGGGAGCUACAUUGUGAGAGAUACUAUGUACCAGAAGGAGAGUGCUGUCCAGUAUGCGAAGAUUCGGUUUCUCCAGUUAGUAACCCGGCUGGCUGUUAUGCUGAUGGCCAGAUCCAAGCACAUGGUGAUCGCUGGAGGGAAGAUGAUUGUACUUUCUGCCAGUGUAUCAAUGGAGAGUCCCAUUGUGUUGCCACAGCCUGUGGACAGAACUGCUUGAAUCCUGUAAAAGUUCCUGGGGAAUGCUGCCCAAUGUGUGAAGAACCAACUUAUAUCACAAUAGGUCCUCCCACAUGUUAUCCUCUCGUGAACUGCACGUUAACUGAGAGAGACUGUGUCUACAACUUCAGAGUUGACCAGAAUGGUUGUCGCAUCUGUCAAUGCAAAACAAGAGAGGAGCUGUGUAUUGACCUCAUGGAAGGUUGUUCCUUGGUUUGUCCCUUCGGUUUCCAGACUGAUGACCGCAACUGUAAGAUCUGUCAGUGCCGACCACGACCUAAGAAAUGCAAGCCCAUAGUAUGUGACAAGUACUGUCCAUCUGGAUACCUGAAGAACAAACAUGGAUGUGAAAUCUGUCGAUGUAAGAAAUGCCCAGAACAGUCAUGCGACAAGAUCUGCCCUAAUGGCUUCCAGCAGGAUAAUGAAGGCUGUCUUAUCUGCAAAUGUAGAGAGUUACCAGCUUCUGUAAUGCCACCAGCUAAGACUGGUUCUUGCCUGUCAGUGGAUGGGCACCGUCAUGAAAAUGAAGAAAGUUGGCAUGAUGGCUGCCGUGAAUGUUACUGCCAUAAUGGACGGGAAAUGUGUGCUUUGAUCACCUGCUCUGUACCCAAUUGUGGAAAUCCCACCAUACAUCCAGGCAAAUGUUGUCCAUCAUGUCCAGAUGAAUCUACUUUACAGAAGCCAGAACUCAGUGGUCCGACUAUCUGCUAUGUUCCAGGUGGCGAGUACUUUGUGGAAGGAGAUACAUGGAACAUUGAUUCUUGCACACAAUGUACUUGUCAUAAUGCACGAGUUUUGUGCGAGACUGAAGUCUGUCCCCCUCUUCUUUGUCGAAAUCCCACCCGUUCGCAAGAUUCAUGCUGUCCACAGUGCCCAGAUGAGCCCGCUCAGCCUUCCUUGUCAAGCAACGAGAGCAUGCCUAGCUACUGCAAAAAUGAUGAAGGUGAUAUUUUCCUGACUGCUGAAUCCUGGAAACCAAAUGUUUGUGCUAGCUGUGUUUGCAUGGAUGGUACUAUCAGCUGCUACUCUGAGUCUUGCCCACCAGUGUCCUGUGACAGGCCUGUUCUGAGAAAGGGCCAGUGUUGCCCUUAUUGUAUAGAAGACACAACAUCAAAGAAAGCAGUUUGUCACUUUAAUGGGAAAACAUAUGCAGAUGAAGAACGUUGGGACAUUGACAGCUGCACACACUGCUACUGCCUGCAGGGUCAGACCCUUUGUUCCACUGUCAGCUGCCCUCCUCUUCCUUGUGUGGAACCCAUCAAUGUUGAAGGAAGUUGCUGCCCCAUGUGCCCAGAGAUGUAUGUACCUGAACCUACCAACAUUCCAAUUGAGAAGACAAACCAUCGAGAAUAUAAUGAACUGGAAGGACCAGUUUGGCCUACGCUCAAUGAAAAUGACAUUGUUCGUAUCCAUAGAGAUAUGGGUCACCUUCAGGGGGAUUUUAGAGAAAACAGAGGAUCAGAAUCAAGCACAGAGGAAUCUCUUAGCUCUCUUGCUUGGGUGACGGUGCCCAUCAUGACAGCCCUUGUUCUUAUCAUAGCACUUCUACUUGUCAAUCAGAAGAAACAGUGGAUACCAGUAUCCUGCUACAGAGCCCCAUCAAAGCCUUCCUGCCUAAACAAUCAACUGGUAUAUGUGGACUGCAAGAAAGGAACUAUGGUUCAGGUAGACAGUUCUCAGAGGAUGCUAAGAAUUGCUGACCCAGAUUCAAGAUACAGUGGAUUCUACAGCAUGCAAAAACAGAACAACUUACAGGCAGAUAAUUUCUAUCAAACAGUGUGAGAAGCUGCAUCCUUACCAAGAAGUUAAGAAGAAACAAAGACUGAGUCUGCUAUUAAAAUUAGAAUUGUGCACUUGCUUAGUGGAUUGUAUUGGAUUUGUGACUUCAUGUACAACUCUAAGACCUUACUGGGAUGGGCUCUGACUCCUGCAAUGUGCCAGAACAAGCAUUCCCUCUUCUUGCGAUAACUGACCAAGUGUUUUCUUAGAACCAAAGUUAUAAAACAUUAAGAUGUUUUGCUUGCAACAUAGUAUUAGAGGUUGUUUGGAAAGAGGAAAUUGAAAUUGUGCUUGAGUGGUUAUAACAGGAAGUCUCAAAGAGAAGAAGCUGGUCAGCUUAGCUUGGAGUCAAAGCAAAUAAGAAUAUAGCUUUUUCCUGUCACUUCAAAAUUGCAUUUAUUGCAAUGAAGUUAUAAGCAUAACCCUACCUGAACUCAAAUAACAAAGUAUAGGGUUUUUUAGGCUGUGCUACAAAAAUAUACUCCUAGGAGAGUACCUGUCAUGUCACAGGUGUGGGGUAGCUGCAACUAUUGUUUUUCUACCUGAUCAUAAACUGCAAUAGCUAAUGACAUAGCGAGGAAAACAUUAUAGCAGAAAUACAAAGGGUGAGUUUAUUGAAUAUGUGUACAGUUAUACCUUGUGCUGCUUUUUGUUUUUCCUUGCGAUGCUGAUUGUCCAGAUUUUGGCAGUUAGCAAAUGGCUAAGGCCUGUAUAAUUCCUGAUAUGAGCACUGGAUCUUUCGACAACAGUAUUGAAGAGGGAGAGAAAGGAAGAAAAAGUUAAAAACACCAUCUGAUUCCAGAACUUGUGAUGUGUGUGUGUUUUCUUUUUUUUUUCAUUGUGUAUCAAUUUCAGGUGGUCCAAAUAUUUUCAUUUGAGGGAAAGAAAAAAAAUGAUGUUGGAUGAAGAUCUUGCUCAAUUAGUUUUUUUAAUCAUUGUAAGGGUUUCUUUUUGUUAUUUACUGAUUAUGCAGACUAGAAACAACUUCCAUGCUAGGAAGCUGCUUAAUUUUAAUUGUAUAUUAC